AUGAACAAUGCCAGACAAUGGCUGGAACAAUUUAAACAGCAAACUAUACCUCGCAGUAUGGUGGAGCUCAGUUUUGCAAGAAGCUCGGGCCCCGGCGGACAGAACGUCAACAAGGUCAAUACGAAGGCGUCCGUGAGAUGCUCCAUCAAGGAAUCAUGGAUCCCCCCGUGGGCGCAAAGGGCCUUACGGGCGUCGCCUCACUAUGUUCCUUCUAGUGAUACCAUUCUUGUAACCUCCACGGUUCAUCGCUCACAGUCGCAAAAUGUAGAGGAUUGUCUUUCUAAACUACAUGCUAUUAUUGUGGAUGCAGCAAUUAAGGAGAUCAAGACAGAACCUUCCGAAGCGCAGAAGGCGCGUGUUCGGCAACUGGAAGCAGCGGAGAACAGAAGGCGGCGCGAACAGAAGAUGCAUUUAAAGACAAAAAAGCAAAGUAGGAGUGCGCGUGGGGGAGCAUGGGACUAA